AAUGUGGCUGGUCUCAUUUUAGCUGGAUCAGCUGACUUUAAAACUGAACUAAGCCAAUCGGAUAUGUUUGAUCAGAGGUUGCAAUCCAAAGUUUUAAAAUUAGUUGAUAUCUCCUAUAGUGGUGAAAAUGGAUUCAACCAAGCUAUUGAAUUAUCUACUGAAGUCCUCUCCAACGUGAGGUUCAUUCAAGAGAAGAAAUUAAUAGGACGAUACUUUGAUGAAAUCAGCCAAGACACGGGCAAGUACUGUUUUGGAGUUGAAGAUACACUAAAGGCUUUGGAAAUGGGAGCUGUAGAGAUUCUAAUAGUCUAUGAAAAUCUGGAUAUAAUGAGAUAUGUUCUUCAUUGCCAAGGCACCGAAGAGGAGAAAAUUCUCUAUCUAACUGCAGAACAAGAGAAGGAUAAAUCUCAUUUCACAGAUAAAGAGACAGGGCAGGAACAUGAGCUGAUUGAAAGCAUGCCCGUACUGGAAUGGUUUGCCAACAACUACAAAAAAUUUGGAGCUACAUUGGAAAUUGUCACAGAUAAGUCACAAGGAGGAUCCCAAUUUGUGAAAGGAUUUGGUGGAAUUGGAGGUAUCUUACGGUACCGAGUAGAUUUCCAGGGAAUGGAAUAUCAAGGAGGAGAUGAUGAAUUUUUUGACCUUGAUGACUACUAGGUAGUUGACAUGGGUCCGGCAAACCGUGCCUCACCCUCCAGCAUCCAACCCAGGGAGCAUACCCGUGGUGGAAUCCAAACAGAUCCCUGCCUUAUGAUUGGACCCUUCUCAGAGCUUAACUCCAUGAGCACUGCAUAUGGAAAUGAAAACCGAAACACAACCAGGCCCGACCCUACACUGGU